AUGGCGGCGGCGGAGGCAGAAAGGGAGCGGAGCGCACUGCGCAGACGCGAAGAACCGCAGCGCGCAGAGCACAGACACCAGACGGUGGUGAAAGGCGCCAGCGGGCUCCCCCCGGUGGACCGGCUGCUGCAGUUCCUCGUGGACAGCUCCGGGGACGGCCUGGAGGUGGUGCGCUGUGCCAACUGCGACCUGGAGUGCAGCAAGCAGGCCACGCGGGAGGCCAUCGCGCUGCUGCAGGCCAUGCUGGAGGAGGUGCGGCGCAGCGCGGCGGAGGAGGAGGCCUCCAUUCACUCCCUGUUCGGCAGCUUGCAGGACAGACUGGCGGAGAGGAAGGCUCUGCUGCUGCAGGCUGUGCAGAGCCAGUAUGAGGAGAAGGACAAGGCCUUCAAGGAGCAGCUCUCCCACCUGGCCACUCUGCUGCCCACCCUGCAGGUUCACCUGGUCAUCUGCUCCUCCUUCCUCAGCCUGGCCAGCAAAGCCGAGUUCCUGGACCUGGGCUAUGAGCUGAUGGAGAGGUUGCAGGGCAUCGCUACCUCUCCCACCCCCCAUCUGCAUCCGCUCUGGUUCUCUCCCAGGUUGGCAGGGGUCUCAGGCCCCAAGGUGCUGGGGCCCAGCUGCCCUUCCCCGGUGGGGAAGAUGUUGGGGUCACCGGUCCAGAAGCCCACGCUGCACCGGUCCAUCGGCACCAAGGUGCUGCUGGCGGAGGGCGAGGACACGCCCUUCGCGGAGCACUGCCGCCACUACGAGGACUCCUACCGGCACCUGCAGGCGGAGAUGCAGAGCCUGAAGGACCAGGUCCAGGAGUUGCACCGGGACCUCACCAAGCACCACUCGCUCAUCAAGGCGGAGAUCAUGGCAGACAUUCUCCGCAAGGCCCUGCAGGUGGACGCGCAGAUCGGCUCGGAGUACGCCUCCGUGGAGGGGAUGAGAGCAGCCUUCCAGGAGAUGUGGGAGGAGUCCUACCAGCGGGUGGCUGAUGAGCAGGAGAUUUAUGAAGCCCAGCUCCAUGACCUCCUCCAGCUGAAGCAGGAGAAUGCCUGCCUGACCACCAUCACCAAGCAGAUCACUCCCUACGUCCGCUCGAUUGCCAAGGUGAAGGAGCGGCUGGAGCCCAGGUUCCAGGUGCCCGUGGACGAGGAGUCAGAGCAGCUCCAAGACCUGGGUGACGACAGCACGAACGACGAGGCCCAGGCCAGGAGUGACCCAGUGUGUGGGGCGGACAAGAGGGAGACCUCGGAGCCGAGAGGAAACAGCCGGACCCCGCACAGCCUCACGGAAGAGCCUCCCCUGCAGAGCAAAGAUCCUCAUGGACCCAAAGCGAGAAACGGGGGUGACGUCCCCCCACGGAGGGAGCGCCCCACCUAGCAGAUGGGGCUGGCCCAGGAGCGUGGGCCUGUCACGAGCAAGCCCGGGCCUGUAAGAAAAGCGCGCUCCCACCAUGACGUUUCACAGGGGGAAGGGGGAUUGCUUAUCAGCAGUAAAACCCAGACACGCUCACGGGUCCUCAUUUCAGGCUCUGGCUGGGGCUUAGCUUUGCUUUCCCUGCGUUCACGUGGCACAAAGUCUGGGUUCUCAUCACGGCGACAGGGGACGAGUCCUAGGCCACAUGGUUGUUCAGUGAGGGACCAUCCAGCCCAGCAGGUGUGGCUCAGUGGUUGAGCGCCAACCUAUGAACCAGGUCAC